GGCUCGACAGGCUGCGCUCGGAGGGGAUGUACAGCCCGUAAAUAGCAGGGCUGGAGCGCUCGGGAAUGCAUUCCAGCUCCGGGGCUCCGGGCUGUGUGGAGCCUCUGCCCAGGAACCCGGCACGAGGAAACGCUGCAGAAGACAUUGCCUGUGCUGCAGAUUCCACUGGAGCUCUCCAGAGCAUGGUUUGUGUGAGUAGGUGACCCUGGCAGCUGGAGGAGCAGCUCUGGCGCAGCUGGAACAUCUUUGGGCACCUGGAGCAUCUCUGGGGCAGCAGGAGGAGCAGCUUUGGGCACCUGGAGCAUCUUUGGGCAGCUGGAGGAGCAUCUCCGGGCAGCUGGAACAUCUUUGGGCACCUGGAGCAUCUCUGGGGCAGCUGGAGGAGCAUCUUUGGGAAGCUGGAACAUUUUUGGGGCAGCAGGAGGAGUAUCUCUGGGCAGCAUGUCGUGCUGCGUGCUGCAGAUCACCGGGCUGAUUUUCGGCGCCGCGGGCAUGCUGGGCACGCUGGCAGCCACGGCCAUGCCCCAGUGGAGGGUGUCUGCCCACGUGGAGGCCAACCUGGUGGUGUUUGAGAGCGUCUGGGAGGGGCUGUGGAUGGACUGCAUCAGCCAGCUGGGGCUCAGGCUGCAGUGCAAGCUCUACGACUCGGUGCUGGCGCUGCCGCCGCCGCUCGAGGCCCUGCGCGCGCUCAUGUGCCUGGCCGUGCUGCUGGCCGUCCUGGCCUUCCUCGUGGCCAUCGUGGGCGUCAAGUACAGCCAGCCCAGCAAGGAGAGGCCCCGGAACGUCAGCCCCUUCAUCCUGGUGGCGGGGGUGGCCUUCCUGCUGGCGGGCGGCCUGGCGCUGGUGCCGGUGUCCUGGGCCGGGGGCAGCAUCGUCCGGGAUUUCUACGACCCCGCGGUGCCCGCGCCGCUCAAACGGGAGCUGGGGGCCGCCCUCUACGUGGGCUGGGCCAGCGGCGCCCUGCUGCUGGCUGCGGGGGCCAUGUACUGCCACGUCUGGGGCCGCGCUGGCAGCCACGGCCACCCCUGGCUGGCGGCUCGGGCAGCGCUGCCCCGGGCGGGAGCGCCAGCCCUGGGCGUCCAUGCCUACGUGUAG